AUGUCUCUAUUCGGUUCCGGCUCUGCUUCUCCCGUCCCUAAGUCCGGCUCGGACGUUAAGGCCGGCAUCGUCCAGCAACUUCAGCAGGAGUCCGCCAUGAACAAUGCCCGUCUCUUGAUUGAGAAAAUCAACGAGAACUGCUUCGAUGCCUGCAUCCCCGCUCCCGGUUCCACCAUGUCCUCCCAGGAGAGCGGCUGCAUCUCCAGCUGCAUGGACAAGUACAUCCAGCUGUGGAACAUCUCCAGCAAGACCUACAUCUCCCGCCUUGGUCAGGAACAAAAGCGCAUGGCUUAA